UUUUUUUGUUUUCUUUUUGUUCCUUCGAGCAACCUCAAAUUAUUGUACUCUGACUGUGGUACAUCUCUAAUUAACGUCCCUUUCUCUCGCUCUCCAGAGCUCCUCAAUAUUCCGAGUCUUCGAUGCUUAGGCUUGUAUUUUUUGGUGGUGUGUUGCAUGUAAACCUCUUGUCCAUGAGCUGAAUUACUUGAAAUGGCACAGCAAGAAGUAGAUUCCAAAGUUGGUGAAUCUGAGUUAGGUAAUAGUGAAGCAGGCCUGUCGGGUCAGGAAAAACAAGUCCCAGUACCUGUAAAGAAGACACCACUCAGAGACCUUCAGAGUGAAAAUAAUAUCGUAGCGCAGAAGGGCCCUAGUAAUCCCCUUGUUUUAAAGGAAGUUGUUACCACAGAGGCUGUGAAGGUGUCAGGUGUUAAACGUCCUUCUCCAGGAUCUCCAAUGAGUCCUCCUCAGCAAUCUUCUAGUAACAAUGGAGCAAACGGUCAUCUUGUGUAUGUUCGUCGAAAGUCUGAAGCUGAUACUGGUAAAAUCAGUAACAUUGAGGUUAUAGCUGACAAUGCUAAUUCUCCUGAGUCAAGUCAGCUUGGACAUCAAGAAGAUGGGAUUCGACCAAAGUCUUCGAUUCAUGAAUCCCAAAAGUCUGUGAUUAAUGAGUCCCAGAAGUCAAUGAUUAAUGAACCCCAGAUGCGUCCUCUACCUGCAUAUGCACCAAUUCCCGGCUCUUUUAUGAGUAUUCCUUCUGGGAAACCUUCCAUCCCCCUUCCGCUCAGGAAUUCCAAUACAAAAACUGGCCUUGAGGAACUUACGACUCAGGCAGUUCCAUCUGCUAUCACUUCGCCGGCAGAAGGAAGAAUCAAAAAGCAGAAUUGGGAGGAGAGAUAUAUUCAACUGCAGAUGUAUCUGAAGAAGUUAGACCAAUCAAGUCUGGAGGACCAUCUUCAAUUUCUUCGUUCCCUUUCAGCUGUAGAACUUAGCAGACAUGCUGUUGAAUUGGAAAAGCAAGCAAUCCAGCUUUCUCUGGAACAAGGGAAAGAGCUGCAACGCGUCAAAGCUUUGAAUGUGAUGGGAAAAUCAUUGAAUUGAAGACUCCCAAUGGAUCACAGAGUUAACACAGGCCGGCCUGUAUAAUCAUUGUGUACAUGUACCUGCAGUUAGCCGUCAGUCAGAUCAUUGUUUCAGCCUCCUACGAGAAUUUGUGCUAAUUAAAACCUAAAGGUGUUGUCUCAUUAACACCUGUAAGUCUGUAACCUUCCUAAUAUUAAGUCUGUAACCUAGCUAAUAUUAAGUUAGUUUUCUUCAUUUUCAUUUGUCUAGUCCUCAUCCUCAUGUUACUUUAAUGAAUAACCAUCUAUCUACUUGUAUUUUCAAAAUGCAAUAUUUCCGCUCUCUCA